AUGGAACAACUCUUAGUAAUGUUUCAAAAACUUAUUUUCAGCCGAUUGGUAUCAGAAUAUAGAAUAAAACCCAUUGAAAAUUCAACCACGGACAAUAAAAUUAUUGAUCAAUUAGAACCAUCAAUAUUUUCUCUUAUUAUGAAAUAUGCUACACAUAUGUUGAUGAAUUGGAAUCGUAAACCAAAUGAUUUAUUGAAUUCGAUUCUUCUUGGUCUAUGUUUAAUGUUAGAAGAAGAAACUCGAUUUGAUUUUAUAAUCAUUCAAAAAAUGCUAAUCACAAUUUUACCUUUACUAGCUGAAUUCAUAAUACAAAAUAUAAAUCAUGAUGAAACAAAUGAAACUUAUUUAUAUUUUUAUUCUUGGCUAUUAGGUAAAAUGAGUCAUUUUUUAAUCAAUGGAUCCUUAAAAGAUCCGUUAGAAAUUAAAUAUGAUGAGACAUUUAAGUCACCAUUAUUUUCUGGUGGAUGUGAACAAAUGACAAUCGAAAGAAGUUCAAAUCUUUUGAAUAUAUGCGAAUCAAAUAUAGCUCAUUAUAGUCAAUUAAAUAUGAUUGAUUAUCAACAAGAAACAACUUUCGAUUAUGAAUUUUUAAUGUCAAUCUAUAAUAACACUGGUGAUGGUGGACGAUUAAUAGAAAAAAUGAAAAUGUAUGCUAAAAACAAACAAUGUAUAAUACAAAAAUCGAUCGAACAACAAGCUAAUGAUGCAUCUGCUGGAUUAUUUGCAGUCUAUAUAAAAUAUUAUCGUCGAGUUAAUUUAGCUAAAUAUGAACUAUCUCGAAUGGAUAAUGAAAAACCGCAUGGUCAACUUUUGUCUCUUUUUAAGUAUGCCAAUCGUAUUGAAACAGUUUUUACUCGGAUUCAAGAAGAAGGUGGUGACUGUGACGCAUUGUGUAAUCAAAUUCGAAAUAGAACUCAUUUUCUUUUAUUAUCAGUCAAAGAAAGUCACUUAAUUCCUAUAAUCAACAUGCAUCAAACAAAUAUAAAUGAUGAUGAUGAGAUAAAAUUGAAAGAAAAAAAUCCUGCUUUCCGAGGCAAUAUUACAAAUAAACGAUUCCGAUUACUUCAUCACGUUCUACAAGCUUCGAUUCGAUUCAAAAAAAUGAUGUUUAUCAAUAGAAAAGUAACUGAACAAAAGCAAAAUAAUGAAAAUAUUCUUAGUCAGGCUAUUGAUACUUAUGUUUAUGAUGAUUCAUCAAAUAAUGAUAAAAACUGUGAAUCAGAUGAUCUUAUUCAAUGUAUGUCUCGACAAUAUGAACGAGCUAUAACUCGAUUGAUAGCAUAUCGAUUUAUUCAAAUUUUUAUUCAAAAACUCUUGCAAAUUGAUGAUAAAAAAAAUCAUAUUCAAAUUUUUCUAACAAUUUUUUUACCAUUUUUAAGAAAUAAAAAUAUUGAAUGGACUUAUUUAGAAAAUAUUCCAGCAAUAAAUAAUCAAUUAAAAGAAUACAUCGGAAAUAAUUAUUAUUCAAUUAUAAGACAUUGUCUUACCUAUUUCUUAGAAUUAGAAACGAUCGAAAAAACAACUAUACUUAGAACAAUAUUUUAUUUACUAAAUUUAUUCAAUACAUCAGCAGAUAUUCAUAAUUAUGAUUUGAUCGAAAAAUUAUUUACAUAUUUUGUUAGUUUUAUUAAAACAUCAGAUCGAAGUAUUUCACUUGAGAUGAAAUUAAUCGGAUACAAUUGGUUUCGGUUAUAUGUAUUGAAAUCAUGUGAAAACUUAGAAAUGAACGAAUUGAAAAGCAUGAAUAAUCCAAAUUUUGAUCGAAGCCAAGAAUUGAUCUUUCAUAAAUUGAUUUUCAAUGAACUGAAAACAUUGACACAACAAUUAUCGAUCGACAUAUCGGAUACAACUAUGAAAAAUACAAUUUAUACAAAGAACUCAUUGCAUAAUGCUGCUAUGGAAUGGUUCAUUAUGAUAACAACUACAAAUGAUUUAUCAUCCAACUUCGAUUCUGAAAUCUAUAUAAAACAAUGGUUAAUGUUACUACUACGAUGCGUUCAUAACUAUGAACAUGUACGAUCAUUCUGUGCGACUAUUGACUACAUUGAAUUGUUAUUGUACAUUUAUCAAAAUAGUAAAUAUUCGACUACAAGUUUACUUGCUUUGAAAAUUUUUCGUAAAAUAAUCAUAUUUUUCAAAGAAGCAUCUAAUAAAACAUCGAAAAUGGGGAUAAACAAAUUUUUCAAUGAUACUUUAUUUUCCAUUGGAAACCAUUGUCGGUUACAAAACACAACAAAUGAGAUUAUGACUGAAUUAAUCUAUAUUUAUCGUACAAUAAUUUCUUGUAAAUCUUCAUGGCAAAUUAUGGCAUUAGAAAUAAUCAAUAAUACAAUGAAAUUGAAUUUUGAAUCAUCGGAAUCUAUCGAUAUGAACCAAGUGAAUAGUAUUUUAGGAUCAUUACAUGUUUUCGGUGGAUAUAUUCAACCAUAUUGCUUAGGCUCAGUCGUAGAAGUCAAUAUUGAUAAUGAAGAGAAUAAUCAAACUUCAUUAGCAGUAAUCAUCGAUAUUAAUAUGGAUAUUAAGAAAGUAGUUGCAUCUUAUUUUAUUCAAUAUAUCGACACAUGUAAAACAAAAUGGAUUAGUGAAGAUCAAUUACGAAUUCAUAUCGAUGUUUCUCCACCGAAUCUACUUGAUUUACCAAAUGCAAAUGAAAUAAUCGAUUCAUUGUUCGAUAGACUGAUGUAUUUCAUUGAAAUCGAUCGAUCAACUAUUGAACCUUUACUAUUCUUACAAUUGAAACAGCGAUCAAUGGCUACUUUAUAUCAACUAUUGAUAAAUAAAGAAAUUGUAGAAAUUUUCAUACAAAAAUCUUAUGCUAGUAUGAUAUGUAAAUUAGCAAUAUCUGGUUUAUUAGGAAAGACUCAUUUAGAACCCAUGAAUUUACAUGUAUUGAAUAAAAAACAUUUUGAACAAUAUUAUUUAUAUUUAGAUCGAUGUCAACAUUUUAAACAAAUAAUUGAUGAUACGAAUAUGACUGAUGUAGAAAAUCCAUUGUUUAUUACUUGGAAUGAAAUUUCAUUCAAACAAGAUCGAUUAACAAGCGAGCGUCAACCAAAUGGAUGGAAAUCGAAUGCAUUCAAACAAGAUAUUGAACUUUUCAAACGAGGUCGAAUUGGAAAUGAUGAAGUUAAAAUCAUACAUAUGCCAUUGAAAACUGAUGAUUCAUACUUUUUAGAAGAAUGCGGUACGAUGCAUCGAUUUUCGGGACGAGUUUGUUUAGUUUCUAAAAAUAAUGCUAAUAUGUUGGCAACAUUCUUGAUUGAUAAUCUACAAUUGAACGAAGGCAAAUGGUAUUAUUGUGUUCGAUUAUUACAUGGCAAUGCUAUUCAAAUUGGAUGGGCAACAACUGGAUUCCAUCCGAGUAAGAAAAAUGGAAUCGGUAAUGAUAAAUAUUCGUGGUCGUAUGACGGAUUUCAAAAGAUGCUUUACAAUGUUGAAGCUAACCCGUUUCGAAUCGAAGAUAUUAGUUGGAAAGCGAAUGAUGUUUGUGGUUGUGGUAUUGAAAUAGAUGGUGAAGAUAUUCGAAUAAAUUAUUGGUUAAAUGGACGUUUCUUAGGAACAGCUUUUCAACAUAAUUGUGCUGUUGGUCCAAAAUUAUGCAAUAUGUUACCAAAUGGACGUCGUGCAAGGUUUUUUCCAGGUGUUAGUUUAAAAGUAGAUCAUAUUUCAACAUUGAGUUCUUGUGAAUUUAUAUUUAGUCCAGAAGAUAUGUUUGAAUGUCCGUUGCCAUUAGGUUAUAAACCUUUGUUAGUACCGAACUGUAUCUAUUUGGUACCUUAUCCUUAUAGUGCUUAUUUGAUUAGUGAUAAUGUUCAAGAAAACAUUUAUAAGAUACGCAAUGAUCAAUCAUCUAUUUUUCUACGUGACUUUAUCAAUGAUCAACAUUUGGAAACUAAAUAUAAAUUUAAGAAUCAUCAAUUAGUUUUGUCACAUGAUAGUAAUGGUUUGCCAUUGACUAUCGAUCAUCAAAAAUCAUGGGCAAUAAGUUUUGAUUUUCAAUUUUUAGCCGAAUUCGAUAAUCAUGAUUUCAUACUUUUAACAUUGGAUACAUUGGAAAAAUUUUCUAUUCGAAUACCAACAAAUAAAAUCUAUGAUCAGAUACGAAUAGCCAUUGUUUAUCAUUCAAACAAACGACAACUAAAAGUUUAUAUUGAUAACGAAUAUCAAGUAUUCAAGUGUCCAGUAAUGACACUAUUUAAUAUUCAUAUUUUACCUCAGAUUUUUGUUGGACUUGCAAAUUUUGCCAUAUGGAAAUAUGCUCUAUCAGACAAAGAUAUUCAUUGUCUAUUUUCUAGUGGUUUAUCAUAUAUCGUUCGCGAUUAUCGCCAAUUAAAUGACUAUAGAAAAAAAGCACAGACAUUGACAUUUACCCAUAAACAAGAAUAUUUUGUCGAUAAUUUUCUCAUUCCCUUCAAUGAACCAUUCGAUGAAAACAAAUGGGAAAAGAAAAAAACUGAAAUCGAUAAUAAUGAAUGCAAAUUUUUUAAAAUCAUUGAUGGAACUAAUCAAUCAACAUUACAAUUAUUCGGAAAUAAAACUUAUCUUGUUUUAAACAAAUCUUUCGAUCCAUGGUUACAAUAUACAAUUAUUCUCGAUAUUUUUGUUGCUAAUUUACCAUCAAUAAAUGAACAAUUAACAUUAAUUACAUGGAAUUCACAAACUAAAAUUUUUCUCACAUACGAUCGCCAUCUUUGUCUAUCAAUUGAUAAUGAAACAAAUAUGAAAAAUAAAUCAAUACUCAACUUAAAUACCUAUGUACGUUUGCUUAUUUCAGUUGAAAAAAAAUCCAUGAAAAUUUAUGUUAAUGGAAAUUUAGAGCUUGAAAUCUGUGCUAAUGAAAAUCAAUUGACGAUCAGCGACAAACACAUAGAUCUAUUUCGAGAAGAUGAUUUAACAAAAAAUACAAUCAGUGAAGAUCAACUUCGCAUCGCUUGUAAAUCGAUUACUUAUCUAAAUCGAGCAAUCAUUCAUAUCGAUGAACGAAUGAAAUCAUCGGAUUAUUCACUAGAAUAUCUCACUUCACUUCCGUAUUCUAUCAUAGCACCGAGUCUAAUCAAUAUUGGAUACGAUGUAUCAAAAAUAAGAUAUGCUAUGCAACACGUUUGCCCAAGAAAUAUUCAAUUAAUUGAUACCAUUCUUCAUGAAAACUAUGAAGAAUUAGUUAGAAUCGCUCGUAAAGAACAAUUAAAAUGUCAAAUUAAUAUUUUGUCCAAAUUCGAUACAUCGACCGACAAUGAAAGAAUCAAAGAUUUACUUCAAUAUUUCGAAUCUGAUACUAAUGAAAAGAUAGUUACUCUUGAUGAAAUUAUGCUGGAUCAAUCAAAUGAAAUUCAAAAAUCAUUCGGCAUAACAGCUGAAUCACUAUCUGAUCGUAAAUGGUUUUCUGAAGCCAUGUAUCGAUUAAAUAUUGAUGACAAAUUUACCAAAUGGAUUCGAGAUAAGUCAACCGUAUCGAUCGAAAGAAUUGAUCUAACUCAAUAUCUCAUAGAUUUUAAUCAACCCAUCGAAGAUCAACCCAUGAUGAUAAAUUUAGUUCACGAUAAUCAGAAAGAAAUCCAACAACCCAUACAAUAUUCUCAUCAAAAAAUGUCACAUCAACAAUAUGUUGAUUCACGUAUAGUUUGUGAACAUGGAUUAAUAUCGAUCUAUGCCCAUCAUAUAAUUUUAAAUAUGUUAAGCGUUUGGUCGAAUAAUGGAUCAGAUUUAUUGUCAUUGAAGAAAAUCGGUGAUUGUAAACUUAUUGUUCAAUUAUUACGAUUGUUAGACUAUCAUUACAAUUAUAUUCAAAUCCAUACAGAUGAAAAUGUUGACCGAAUGAAGUCAAUUGUUCGAUCGACUGUCAAUAUCGAAAUGAAUAUCUUACUGAAACAUCAUAAAACAAUACAUGAUGAAAUAACAAAUGAAAUAAUGAAACAAAAAGCUCCUUUACUCUAUUAUUUGCAAAAUGAUAUUAUUAUUCAAUCAAUAGGACUUUUAAUGAAUCGAGAAUUAUUAUUUGAAUCUACAGUAGUCGAUAGUCAGGAACCAAAUAUUAAAUUUAUUCUGAAAUUUAUGGAUUUAUUUGUCAACUUGGUAACUGACAAAUCGACCUUGAAACAGAAUGAAACCAAUUUUCUUGUUCCAAUUCUUUUUCCUCCUGUGUUAAUCAAUUUAUUAUUCGAUCUAUUUCUUGCAAGUCCAAUGCAUCAAUUGAAAAUAUCAAUUCUUCGUCUAUUUUCCACGUAA